AUGGACGCAAUCAACAAAAAGUCAACGGAAGAAGAAAUCAGUGAUAUUCAAAGCAGUUUUGAAUUGUACGUUGAUGGAAUCACAUCUGAUGACGAGAAGAAUAUCCUGUCAGCAGUUGGUCUUGUAAAAGAUGACAUCUCAGUUUCUAUUACAGAUUUAAACAGCGUUGGCCUUGAAAAUGAAGACAAAACUUCAAUCGCCUACAAAGAGACAAGUGCAGACUUUUCUUCCCUACUAGAUAAAGAUGAAACAAAAGAAGAAAUGCGAAUUCUUUUGAUCGGAAAGACCGGUGCAGGAAAAAGCAGGACAGCAAAUACCAUCUUAGGAAAGGAGGCGUUUUUAUCAAAGGCAAGCAUGCAUUCAAUAACACAUGAAUUACAAUAUGGAGAAGUUGAAAUCGACGGAAAACGGCUACUGGUCGUUGAUUCACCGGGGUUUUUUGACUUGACGAUGAGGGAGGAAGAUAUUGAUAGAGAAUUACAAAGGUGUGUAGAGUGUACAGCUCCAGGACUGCACGCUUUCGUACUUGUUACUGGCAUCGGUCGAUUUACUAAUGAUGAUUAUUUGGUGUUGCAAAAGUGCAAAGAAAAGUUUGGUGAUCAUUUAGAAGAGUAUUUGAUUGUUUUGUUUACUCGAGUUGAUGAUAUUGAGAAAGAGGGGAUGUCAAUAGAGCAGUUUCUAUCAAAUGGUGAUGAACAGCUUCUGAAGAUUCUUAAAAAGGCAAAGAACAGAUACAUUGCCUUCAAUAACCGUGCACCAGAGGACCAAAAGCAAAAAAACGUUUUAAAUUUAAUAUGCAUGAUACAGCGUUUAAUGAAGGAAAAUAAAGGUAAAAUCUUUUCAAAUAAGAUGUAUCAAGAUGUAGAGGAAGCUUACCAGAAGAAAAAGAAGAUGGAAGCAGAAGAAAUGAAAAGAAAAGAAGAGGAAGAAAAAGAAAAACAUUUCCAGGAAAUAAAAAGACAGGAGGUCGCCUUAAAUGAGGAAAGAGACUUAUUGGAAAAAAAGAAAGCUGACGCAGAAGCAGCGGCAAUUACCAACAUGAAACUACUUGAAGAAAAGUAUGAAAAAGAAAAAAAAAGAACUUGA